UAUGCUUGCUAGCUUAAAUAUGUCAUUAGUAUAGAAGAGUGUGUAACACAAUCAAACAACUCAUUAUCUUCACUUCAAACUCCAUCAUCCAUGGCUAGAGGAAAUUCUACCUUCCCCAUCCAUUUCUUCAAGAUCAUCCUCCAAACUAAUCUUCAAAGGAUUAAAAUUCCAAAUAAGUUUACAAGGAAACAUGGAGUUGGUCUAUCAAAUCCAGUGUUGAUCAAGCCUCCAGAUGGCACUAAAUGGAAAGUUUAUUGGAAAAAAAUCAAUGGAGAGAUUUGGUUUGAAAAGGGUUGGAAAUAUUUUAUUGAAAAUUACUCUCUUGGACAUGGUUGUUUGGUGGUGUUCAAAUAUAAAGGAGAUUCAAAGUUUGAUGUACACAUACUUGGCCAGAAUGCAGUAGAAAUAGACUAUGAUCCUUCAUGUGAUGGUUAUGAUGAGAAAAAUGAUAUUGAUCAUAGUGAUGAUGAGUCUGUUGAGAUUUUGGAAGAAUGGCUUAAUCAGAAGAAUGCUAGACAAAGAUCACCUUUCGUUUCUCCUCGACCUCAUAAGAAAGUUAGAGGUGAGAUUAAGAAAACUGCUAAAAGAACUUCAUCAUUGGCCAAGAGGAGCUAGAGCUCAGGAAGUAGCUCAAAAUUUCAUCUCAUGCAAUCCUUUUUUCACAAUUCUCAUCAAGCCUAAUCAUUUGGUAGCAAAUCGGCUGAAUGUACCAAAUUUUAAAGGGGUUAUUGAGAACAAAGAGAAGGAUGUGAUGCUUCAGAUUGGGAAAAGAUCAUGGAAUGUGAAAUUGCUCUGUUGGUACAAGCACACUCAGGGUCGUCGCCUUUCGGCCAGAUGGUCCUUGUUUGCAAGAGAAAGUGGACUGCAACAAGGAAAUGUUUGUGUCUUCGAACUGAUAAACAAGGAAGGUUUAGUUUUUAAAGUUCAUGUUUUCUAAAAGGACAGGGUUGUGUAUCUGCUUUAGUUCAUGUUUUCUAGGACGAAGUUAAUUUAUCUGCUUUAGUUACACCA